ACCAUCAGAUGUUUGCAGUUCAUCAGGUGGCAGAACGUGUGGAGGCGCUGGGCCAGUUUGUGAUGAAAACCAGGAGGACGCUGAAGGGCCAUGGAAAUAAAGUUCUCUGUAUGGACUGGUGCAAAGACAAGAGAAGAAUUGUGAGCUCUUCCCAGGAUGGGAAGGUGAUAGUGUGGGAUUCCUUUACUACCAACAAGGAACAUGCAGUGACGAUGCCGUGUACCUGGGUGAUGGCCUGUGCAUACGCCCCAUCCGGAUGUGCCAUUGCUUGUGGUGGCCUGGACAACAAGUGUUCUGUGUACCCUCUGACAUUUGACAAAAACGAAAAUAUGGCUGCAAAGAAGAAAUCGGUUGCAAUGCACACAAACUACUUGUCUGCCUGCAGCUUCACUAACUCAGACAUGCAGAUCCUGACAGCAAGCGGAGAUGGAACUUGUGCUCUGUGGGAUGUGGAGAGCGGGCAGCUUCUACAGAGUUUCCAUGGUCAUGGAGCUGAUGUCCUGUGCCUGGACCUGGCCCCUUCUGAAACGGGAAAUACAUUUGUCUCUGGGGGAUGUGACAAGAAAGCCAUGGUUUGGGAUAUGCGGUCUGGUCAGUGCAUCCAGUCAUUUGAAACGCACGAUUCAGAUAUCAACAGUGUCAGAUAUUACCCAAGUGGAGAUGCUUUUGCCUCUGGUUCAGACGAUGCCACGUGUCGUUUAUAUGACCUCCGUGCAGACAGAGAAGUAGCAAUUUAUUCCAAAGAGAGCAUCAUUUUUGGAGCAUCCAGCGUGGACUUCUCUCUCAGCGGUCGCCUGCUGUUUGCAGGCUACAAUGAUUACACCAUAAACGUCUGGGAUGUGCUCAAAGGGUCCCGUGUGUCCAUCCUGUUCGGACAUGAAAAUCGUGUCAGCACCUUGCGGGUCUCUCCCGACGGGACAGCAUUCUGCUCGGGCUCCUGGGACCACACUCUCCGAAUCUGGGCUUAACCUGAGAUCCUGUGUGCAGAAUCAAAUGAAGACUGAUACCCUGGACUACAAAAUCUGCAUAAGAAAGCCACCCCUCAAAAUCAAAUAUUUGCGACGCUGCAAAAGAGCGACACUGAACCCACAGAUUAACACAGCUAGGUAGAAAAUGCAAUCUGCUUGAACACAUAGCAAACAUCAGCCUGUAGUUAAAUGAAAUGGUUUUAAUUCUGUUUUGAAACUAUCUUCUUUUAUUAGAACUAGUUUAGGUAAUUAUAAAGGGACUUCUCUUGGAAGUCACCUGUAUCAUAGAAUUGAGUAUUUCGGUGCACAUUAUGUAUCUAUUUGCAUGAAUUGAGUUCCUUUUCAAAGUAAAAAAAGAAGAAAAACGAAAAAAAGAUUCCUGAUUUUAUCAGGAUAUAGCAUAAGACUUUGGAAACAUUCCACAGUAGUGCAUUGAAUUUUGGUGUUGGAAAGUGGAAAGAGAAACAGUGCUCAUACUUUAGGAUGGCAUUGUGGAUGACGGAA